AUCAACUCACCCCUUCACACCACCGGUUCUUUCAGCAUUCCCGUCUUCCAUUUCCGAAUCUUUGCGUCCUGCUCCCAUGGAUCUCCGAGAUGCAAUUAUUGUUUUGGCUCUGGAAGCUGAAUUGGAAAGGAAACGAGAGGAGAAUAGGCGGAUGAAGGAGUUGCUAAGUGCAGCCCAACUUGAGUUUCAGAAGAAGGUUAAGGAGUGUGAAAUGCUCAAGAGAAAGAAACAGGACAUGGUUACCAAUGAAGCCGCCAAUCAAAAGCUGGUUCAUGAGUUCAUGCUCUUUAUUGAUGCAAUUGACAAAGACGGCGAUGGGAAGAUUGCCCAAACUCUUGAUGAAAAAGCUAUGAUGAAUACCAUUCUCGCUGUGAUGAACGGUGGCGGAGAUAACAGCGGUGACACUGGCGGAUUUUCUGUUAAGGACGGUAAAAGAGAAGCAUGAAAAAGUUUACAACUGAAUUCAUAGUUCGACCCUCCUCUUUUGGAUUGGAACAUUAUGGUUGUUGUUGUAGCAUAAAAAGCCCAGUGCUUAAUGUUUUCUUGUGUUUAUA